CUCAAAAGACGAUCGUAUUGUGUUGGCUAAAAGUUUUCCUAUUUCGUAUUGAAAUAAUAUCAAGCAUUAUAAUUAAAUUGUUUCCUUGUGUCGUUGAAUUGUUACUUUAAAAACAUCUGAAUUCCAUUACUGUUGCAGUAGGGUCGUUACGAAACAGCCAAUUGUGAAAUCUAAGGCUUACAAAAAUAUGAAUCGAUUGUACUUUAUAUUUAUAUUUCUAGUUUACAUUGAUAAUGCUGUUCUAGCCUUAAAGUUGUUGGUCACAAAUGAUGGACCUGCAGUAAGGGGUUCAAAUAUUACAUUUACUGCUUCUGUACUAGGCUAUGGUGGGGAAUAUCUAAAAUUUGUCUAUUUGGAUGAUGUCCAACCUCAACAUAAUGCUGAGUUUAUUGUCAAUUCAAAUGUGUCAAGAUGGACUGUGGAAUAUCCCCGUGACUUGUAUGAAGCAGGUGAAUAUACUGUGUCUGUGCAUUUAAUGAAGAGUUUUUAUGGGUUUUGGAUACAAGAGACAACAUCAAGCACAACAUUUCAAAUAACAGAUUCAUUAAAUGGUAAUCUUAUACUAAAUCAGAACAAUGUUGAUCGCCCUAACAGUUUUGUAGCAGCCAAUAAAACUGUCAUUCACCGUAUAGAAUUGCCAGACAAUGAGAUAGAAUUUUUGAAGAAAAAUGCAUCAUCAAUUGUCACUUAUUGGUUUAUUGACUGCAUGUAUGUUGAUCAGACAACAGAUUUGUCUUUAAAUUAUACGUACCAGGAUGUGAUGAAUGAUCAUUAUAUUGAUGCUUUGGUUGUUGCGAACAAUGAACCGCUUCCACCAAUUACAACAACCACAACCACAACAACUACUACUACUACUACUACUACUACUACUACUACUACUACUACUACUACUACGACAACGCCUAAACCAAAAAAAAAUAAAGCAUCUGACUCAACAAAUUCUGUUCUACCAUCAACAAAUGAAACUAUAAAUAUUGAAAAUAUGACCCACAAAGUGGCAAAGCGAGAAAUAUUAAGAAAAGUUCUCAGACAACAUGGGGUGAAUGAUUUUAUAUGCCAAAAUACUAGCAGAGUGCCUAUUGGUGAUACAUACACAUAUGGACAUUACCAGGAAACCAUAAGUAUCAGAGAGGCAAUAUCUACAAUCAACAUUACCGGUUUAAACUGGUUACAACAUGGCGACCUCCUAAAUCUCCAAGUAAAGUACACGGGUUCGCCGCCAUUUGACUACUGUGCCAUUUAUAAAUCUGGUCAAUACAAUGUGACCGGCAAUGAGACGUGCACAACAGCCAAAUCAAGAACCAUGUCAAACACUUUCCCACUGGUCCAUUACUUUUCUGACGGCGAACUUCACACAGUUGUUGUUGUUUUAGAAAAUGAUGUGGGAAAGAGUGUAUCGAGAGCUACUAUAAAUAUAUAUAAAGCUUCGGUGCAUGCUCAACUGUCAGUGAUCGUGGUCCCAGUGGCGUUCUGUCUCCUAGCCGUUAUUUUGGUUGUGUUUGGAGUUGCAUAUUAUCAACAUCGAUCAAGAUACACGAUAGAGGUAGCUGACUUCGAUUUCGGUCAACAAUUGAAUUUGGAUUACAAGACGUUCAUGGAGCGACUUAGAGAUAGUUUCAGGAAUGCGUUCAACUUCCGAUACCGAGACGACACGGAUCCACUUACAGCCGACACUAGAUAUGACUCCAUGUAGUAAGUUGUAUUAGGUUAGUCCCUUCGCACAUCAAUACGUGUUGUCCAAAAACGUCAAAAGAUGGCGCUCAAAACUAAACUAAACGAUUGUUACGGUUAAGAUAGUCAUAUAAUUUUCUGGUUUUGCCCAGAAGCUAUAUGCAGUUAUAUUAUAUAGAAAAUAAUAUUCAUUCUUAUUCUAAAGGUUUCUUGUAUAGUGUAUCUACUGUGGUAUAUGUAUAUUUAAAUAAUUUGUAUUGUAUACUUUAUCAUAGCUUGAAUUGCAUAGUUAUUAUAAGUACAAUAAUAGUAUUAAAGAAGUCGAUUACGUGACAGUUUACUGUUGAUUUCUUUGUCAAUCUUAAACGUUGUUACUGUGAAAGUUUUAACCGGAGUACUUCUCGCUAUUUUAAGAACACGGUUCAGAGAAAAGUUAAUUUCGGAUAUUGAUUUUAAAGUAGUGGCAGGCCAUGACAUUGUCCACUAGUUACGUCUUAAAAAUACUUUUGAAGAACAAAUUGCUAUUUAUAAUACACGGAAACAUUAGUUAGUAGUAUGACUUUGUCUCAUGAUCGCUUGGUGUCAGAAAAUUAUAUUAAUAUCAUCGUUAUAUUCUAAAGUUUGUACUGAAUUAAAUAUCUUAAAGUAAACAGUGCAAAAUAGAAUGGAUUAAUCAUCAAAAGUAAACUGCCUCGUACGAUUUUGUAAUUAUUUAUCGAAAUAAAUGCUUUAAAAUAUUAUGUGAGUGCAUAUAUAUGGUAAUAUUAUGAUCAUAUGAUAAAAAUAAAUUGAAUUGAAAUCAUAGAAAUCUAAAAAAAAUGUUUUUAUCAAGUCACAUAGCACGUAAUUGUUAAAAAUAACCUUCUAAUUGGCUGACAAAUGGUGAUCCGAUUUGAGCCAAAAAUGGUUCAAGAGACAUUGUUCUCUGUAUAAUAUAUUAUGAACUUGAAACUAAAACUUGAACUUGAAAAAGAAAAAAUCUAUCUAUGCCAAAUUUAAUACAAAUAGUUGGAUACGUAUCAGAUCCUAUAACUUGUCUAUAAAUUUUGAUUUAUUCAAUAAUUGCUCGUUUAGCACUAUAAGAUUUGUCUAAACAGUCAGAAUACUUUGUAUUUUUUGUUUAUUGUAGUGAAUAAAGCCAGUUACAGUCCACCCUUGUGUGAGUGAGUAGGUUGAAUUAUAGGUCGAUGACCGGAUUUUUUUUGGUUCCAUUACCGCUAGAUUUAUCUUUCUGUUUAAACCGGAUAGCAAAAAGGGAUUUCUUUGUGUUUUUAUACUUGAAUUGUUUAUUCCAUUAAAUUGAUUGUUAUUUUCAUAAUAAUUGUGCAUAUUUGCUUUAUAGCAUUUUCAAUUUAUAACUUGUUUUCUAUCAUAUUGUUUAGGAUAUGUUGAUUAGAAAUCUAUUUCCAUGCGAUAGGUAAUGGGUUUGCUAAUAUGAAAAAAUGCGAUUCAUGAAACUACCGUCGAUACAUAGGCAUAAAAGCUUUUUAAUAGACUGAUAAAUAUAAUUGAACUAAAUUAGUAGUUGAACAUAAUAUAUAUAUAUAAUAGAUAAACGUUGGUAAUGACACAGGAUGUGGUUACAAUACGGCUUAUCAAAUAGUUAAUACUUAGUACAAUAACAUGAACUAACUAAAUACAAUAUAUCUAAUAUACGAGACUAUAUUAUGUGUGUUGGUAUCGUACAGACUUUAUCAGCUUAUGCCUAACACUGCAUCUAAAUGACAAACUUGCGUCGUUUAUAAAUUAACUUGGACUACGAAAAUUGUUGUGCCUUUUUCUACCACGCUUUUGAAACUUAUUUUUAGCAAGAAUAUUAAAAGUUAGUUAAAAGAAGUUAAAAGUAAAGCAAGUGAUACAAAAUCAAAAGCUUGUUUGAAUAUAAGUAUAAAGAUACACAACGUAAUAUAAUUAAAUUGUUUUUGCGAAAGUUACAAGUAAUUUUUUUGGCACCAUGCUAAGCGUUUAUGUAAGCAUAGAUUGCCGAAGUAUAAAAAAUGCAAUUUUAUUAAUUACUUGUAUGUAUAAUAAAACAAAGAUUUUGAGUCAUAUUUACAUACUAUAAUUUAAUACAGUUAGUAUAUAAGCAAAUGCAUCUCUAAAAGUAUGUUAAAGGCUUAGAGUAUUUAACUUAGUGAAGACGUUAUCGAUGGGGAAAUGUUUCUCGGAAACUACAAUGUAGAUUAACUCCACGUAUGCAGAUGGCGAAUAUGGUAUUUUAUAUUGUAGUAACUAGGGGUAAUGCUUUGGAUGUCUGCAGAAGGAAUAGGGUCAAAUAAUUCUUCAAACACUCAUGCUCAUAGAGGUCAGAUGAAUGAUAAUAUACCAACGUAUAUGGCUGACCGUCUAUUCAAAUUCAAAUUCAAAUUCAAAUAUUUUUAUUCAAAAUAGGAUGUGAAAUCACUUAUUGUAAGUCAAAAAACGUUGCCUUGUCAAUCAAAAAUGGUUACAGUAACUUCAGUUACGUACAAUAUACAAGAGAGAGAUGUGUAUGCGAGAGAAAUCUCUCUAUUCUAAGUAUAUGUCGAUAAUAGUUAUUGAUAAUUCCUUUAACUUUACCAGACGCCAUUGUUCCUAACGUAACGAUUAUUUAUUGAGUGUUGUGACAUUAUAAUAGUUAUAUAUAGAUACUCACGCGCAUAGAAAUGAAAUAUUUUUGUAUUAUUUUUCAUUAGCCAUUAAUGAGUUGGUUAACCAAAGCACUGAAUUAAUACGUUUAAUUAAAUUAAUUAUGAUUAAGUAAAAAUUCUACUCUCCCGUAUAAUUAAGAGACUAGUAAUUGUCUGCCUCAUAUGAAUGGCGUCUUUCUUUGGUUAAAUACUUUAAGGUUGAAAGUGAUCAGUCAUAUUUUCUUGUGAUAUAAUAUAGAGUUAUUUAUUUUAUUAUUAUUUUAUUAGAGAUGUAGGUGUAAUUAUAGGUAUUGUUACUGUUUAUUAGAAGCAUAGGACUGCAGCUUAACAUUCAGUGACUUCGAAGAUUGAUUCUAAGUAGACGUUUUAAAUAGGUGAUAACAAUGUAUUGGAUUGGAAAUAUUAAUCAUAGUCAUAGUUUUAUGCUUCUAAAUCGCAGAACCUGAAAUAAAUUAGUUAUUAAAAUGUUACUAAAUAAA